GUUAUCUACUGUUGAAUGAGGGCUGAACAAAUGAUUGGUAGAUCACAGUCACCUGCAAUGAGCUGAAGCACACUGUGGAAGACAGCAAGAAUUAGCAUAUACACUCAGCAAGAAUUGGCAUACAAACUCAGCCAGCAGUAUGGGAUCACAGGAAUAUGAUGACAAGUUUUAUUAUGUGUACAGUUGUGACUUAGAUGCAAACUUACAAGUCAAGAUCGGGACGCUGGAGGGCGAGCGGCGACGGCCCGACUUCGAGGACCUGCUGCUCGACCCGAUGCUGGAGUUCUCCGGCAGGUGGCAGCAGCAGUGCUCCGACAUGUACGUCGAGGUGCAGGUGCGCGGCGCUGACGGCGAGCUCGCGCUGCCCGUCACCACCUCUUACAAGGCCUUCACCACCCGAUGGAACUGGAACGAGUGGCUGACGCUGCCCGUGCGCUACUGCGACCUGCCCGAGGACGCCUCACUGCGCUUCACCGUGUUCGAGCCCAGCCGGCCGCAGUCGGCCGCCGUCGUCGGCUCCACCAGCAUCCCGAUCUUCACCGCGGAGGGCUGCUUCAACCAGGGGCUGCACGACCUGAAGCUGGCGCCGGUGGAGUCUGAGGGUGGCGGCGGCGAGGGGGCCGCCCUCGCUGACCCCGCCCCCUCCCCCGCCCCCGCCGCUGGUACCGUCGGCUCGCCUAAGAAGGACGCCACCGAUCAGAUGGAGAGGCUGAGCAAGCUGACGAAGCGGCAUCGGAACGGCCAGCUGCAGCAGGUGGACUGGCUGGACCGGCUGACGUUCCGCGAGAUUGAGCUGAUCAAUGAGCGCGAGAAGCGCUCCUCGUCGGCGCUCUACCUCAUGAUCGAGUUCCCCAAGAUCCUGUGCGACAAACAGGAGUACGCGAUGGUGUACUUCGAGCAGGGCGCCAACAUGGAGGUGCAGUACCGCACCUGGACCGACCUGGUGACCGUCGACGAUCACGAAGCGGAGCUGGACAACCUGCUGGAGCUGAAGCACCAUCACCUGGCGCGCUCGCUGCGCUCGGGGUUCGUGCAGUACGUAGAGUCCUCGGCGGUGGCCGAGGUGCUCAGCACCGAGGGCAGCAUCCUCAACUUCUUCCGCAAGCACCACCCGUCGGAGGCGGGGCCGUACGGCGUCAGCGCCGACGUCAUGGACACCUACAUCCGCAGCUGCGCCGGCUACUGCGUCAUCACGUACCUGCUGGGCGUCGGGGACCGACAUCUGGACAACCUGCUGCUCACCAAGGACGGCAACCUGUUCCACGUUGACUUCGGCUAUAUCCUGGGCCGCGACCCCAAGCCGCUGCCGCCGCCCAUGAAGCUCAGCAAGGAGAUGGUGGAGGCGAUGGGCGGUGUCAACUCGGAGCACUACCAGACGUUCCGCAAGCAGUGCUACACCGCCUUCCUCCACCUCAGGAGGCACGCGGAUGUCAUCCUGCACCUGUUCUCGCUGAUGGUGGACGCCAACAUCCCCGACAUCGCCCUGGAGCCGGACAAGACGGUGCGCAAGGUGCAGGACAGUUCAGGUGAGAGACCGCCAGCGGCGCAGACCCGGCUCGACCUCUCGGACGAGGAGGCGGUCGGCUACAUGCAGAACAUGAUCGACGUGUCGGUGACGGCCGUGAUGGCCGCUCUCGUCGAACAGCUGCACAAGUUCGCCCAGUACUGGCGGCGGUAGGCGGACCUGCCGCGCUGGCGCGCGCGCGCGCGCAGCCGGCGCCAUGUGAUAUGUGAGACCACGCCGCGCUGCCUAUUGCCAUUAUUUAUCGUGUCAUUCAGGUGUAUGUGCAUUAAUAAACCAUUUGUAUA